GAUUCCAGGGAUUACAACAGUUCAUGGGCAAUACGCCCAGAGCAGGCCCUGGCCCACGUGCAGAUGAACGAAGAUAGCAACACGCAAAGAGCUCUGAGGUCGUGAUGGGAUGGCUGUAGAUGCACGGAAACAAGGCUUUUACUGGAACUCACCUCCUACCCAAUGGAUACCGUCCUGCACUUCGUUUACUCCAAAGAGGACGAGAUCCGGACGUUCAAAGCCUUCCAGAGACUGCAAGAAGGCGACGAGCCGGUAGAGUUGUACGAUUUCUAUCAUGCCUCUUAUGGCUACGGCUCUGCGGUCACCACCUUCCAACGGAGGAACCGCGCAACCUCGGUCUUUGAACCAGCGGGGGAGAUCGCCUGGCAAGGUCGGAUGACUGUGAUACAUGCCGGAAUUUGCGCAGAUCUCCCUGAAGGACCUGAGAAAAAUGAAAAAGUCGACCAGCCAAUCUCGCAGGUUCAAAGCAGGUGGUGUGGAAUACAAGUGGAAGAUCGCGGAGGGGGACGAUCUAUACUGCGUCGAAGCAAGUAGCAAGAAGACCGUGGCGACCUGGACAGACAAAGAGACGACGUUGCGCGUGACGGCCUCGGCUGAACAGGUGUUGGAUCGGAUGGUUGUGACAUGUGUGCUGAACUUGUGGGUUAGACACUUGGGGCUCUGGUGACAUGAGAUGUAAUUCGAGACAUGAUCAAUGCCAGCGAUUGUGCUAUGAAUCCCUAUGAUACAGAUAACCUGAGAUGGGCGCUACGCGCAGCCUCCGCGAGCGGUGGUUACCG